AACUUCCACUAAGGUUAUUUUAGUGUUAUUUUAUCAUUUUUAUUUUACUUAUAUCACGCCACUUUUAUCAAUUAACAUUGAAUGAUUAUUUCCAAUUUAUCCAUUAAAUUUGAAUUAUGUUAUAAUAAGACAAUAACACAGUAGUGUAUUUUUUAUUGUCUUUGGAGAUUCUUAUGAAAGAGCUUAAACAUGACAUCAAGGAAGAAAGUUCUUUUGAAAGUAAUCAUCCUUGGUGAUUCUGGAGUUGGCAAAACUUCACUUAUGAACCAAUAUGUUAAUAAGAAAUUUUCUAACCAGUAUAAGGCUACGAUUGGUGCAGAUUUCCUAACAAAAGAAGUGCUAGUUGAUGAUAGAGUUGUAACCAUGCAGAUAUGGGACACAGCUGGACAGGAAAGGUUUCAGUCAUUAGGAGUUGCAUUUUAUCGAGGUGCAGAUUGUUGUGUUCUUGUAUUUGAUGUUUCUGCACCCACAACUUUUAAGUCACUUGACUCUUGGCGCGAUGAAUUUCUCAUACAAGCAUCUCCUAGAGAUCCUGAGAAUUUCCCAUUUGUUCUACUUGGAAACAAAGUUGAUCUGGAGAAUAGAGCAGUUUCUGCGAAAAGAGCGCAGCAUUGGUGUCAGUCUAAGAAUAAUAUUCCUUACUAUGAAACCAGUGCAAAAGAGGCUAUAAAUGUGGAACAAGCAUUUUUAACUAUUGCUAAAAAUGCCCUUGCUCAAGAAUCAGAAGCCAACCUAUACAAUGAGUUCCCCGACCAAAUAAAGCUAACUGGAGACCCAAAAGUCCAAACACCAGAUCAAUGCGCUUGUUAGUUGAAGAAUAUUUUCUGUGAUUUCAUCUUUUGUGCUUUUGAUGGAGCACAUUGCAUCUACUCAGCUCCGCAUUACCGGUUUUUAAUUGGGGGGGGUCUCAGGGUAACAAAUCUAAUGAUACGUUAAUAUAUUUAUAUAUAUAUAUGUUUGCAUAUAUAUAAACUGAAAUAUACAUUAUUUAUAUAUAGACAUAUAAAAUAUAGAAAUAAUUAUACAUAAACCUAUCAAAUACUGGAAUAAUGUAUUUACUGUUCUUUUGCAGUAAAUAUAAUUUUUUAUCUAUGUAAUAUUAGAUUUAUGAUGUCUGUUGUCUUAUUUUGUAAAUACAUGAUUUUGUGAUAAAACAUACAAAUUAUAUGAAGUGCACCUUCAAACUGUAUAGUCAUGACAGAAUACUUAAUUUUUGAGAUUUGUAAAUUAUAUGUUUGUAUUUAAAUCAGUUCACCCACUGUAGUCAGUAAUUAAUGUUCAUUAUUUAUGAUGCACUUUUUAUCAAUCUAUGUACUUUUUAAUUAAAACCUACUGCAGGCAGUACUUUCAAAAGUUUCAUUUUCAGUUUGACUUUAUUUAUUUAGUUUAUUUCCCUAAUAUAUAUAGUUAUAAUGUAUGAUAUGUAUGUAUAUUAGAUUAAUAAUAUUGCAUUUUAUGUGGUUUAUUGAAGGUCUGCUUACUUUAGGCAUAUUGUAUUCAACUAAUGUUUUCCAAGUUAUUUGUUUUGUAAAUCAGCUUGAUAGGUACUGGCAAUCUAAACUUUUUAAAUUCUUGUUUUCCAUAUAUUAUGACAGAACUAUAGCUUGAUGUAUUUAAUUUUAUUCUUAAUCAUACAUCAAGUAGAAUUACCACUGAAUAUAGAAUUAUACAUUUUAUAUAACUGUUUUAAGAGUUUUAAUAAUUUUUUUGCCAAUAAUAUAGAUAUGAGUUAACACAAAUUUUUUGUCAAUCAGAGUAGUAUAAAAUUAUGCUGUUUGUAUAGUAUGACAUGUCAAAUAUAGUUUAUAUGCAAUUAUAAUAAAAUGUAUUAAAUAAUAUGAAUGUAUAGCUCCUUCAAGAAGGUGGUUUUUGUAACGCAUUUGAAGAAGAUUGCUUUGUGUAUAGCAGUUCAGUUCACUUUGUCAUCGAAUAAAUAGAUUGAAUAUUAUUAUAUUUAUAUUAUUUUGCCUUUUACAUUUUAUUUCGAACACCAUAAUAUAAUUGUUAAAUUAGCUGAUUAAUUUCAUCUUCUCAUAAUUAAAAUAUUUUAUAUUUCACAUUAAUUGUUGAUGAUGAUGAUAGCAAACAAAAUGAAACUAAAAUUUAGCAUUAUUUAUUGUUAGCUAAUAUUUGGAUCUAUGUUGGGGGUAUUUAAACAUAGUUAUAAAAAAUACUUAAGAAGAAGAAUGUACACUUACUGAUAGAUGUAAAUAUGCUUAUAGUAUAUUUGGUAAAAUACAUAUGACUAAAUUCGGGUUUUAAAAAGUUUUUUCCUUUACCAUCUCUUCUGUUAAUAGUUUGUAUAUAUAUUACACCUGGUUUCCCCCUUAAAUUAAGAUUACCCAUUUUAUAGAGACUGGAUGUAUCCCUAGAACAGUUUUCUAACCCGAGUAAUCCUAAAAAUAAAAAGUGUCUCAACCGGAAAUUCGGGAGUGUAGGAGUAGGAGUAAAUCAUUGAUUUACUGAGCCUAUUCUCUUACACAUCUCAUCAUCAUAGUCAUAGUCAUAUUCCUCUUUACCGCCUAUGCAGUGUGAGGUUCCACAUCUGCUUACUGAUUACUGAUAUAUUAACUUGUAUAACAUAAAAAGUAAUGAUAUAUAAUUACUGAAAUUUCACGUUUUUUAUAAAAUCUCUCAAGCAAUUAUAUCAUAUUAUUUCACGACACUACAACCCAGUUACAGGUCUUGGCCCCCUCCGACCGUUUCUUCCAAUAAUCAUCAACUGUUUCUUCCAAUCAUCAUGAACCGUUUUAAGUGAUUAUAUAUUAUAGAAAAAAAAUCAUUCUUUGUAUAUUCAUUCCUAGAUGUUUUGUGAGAUAAAAAACGAACACAAAUGAAGACCGUAAUGGAUUUAAGAAACUAAAAUGUGAUUUGUUAUAAACAAUAUAUAAGGAAAAAAACUUGUGCUGAAAGUAAUUAGUAAUAAAAUAAAAUUAUAUUAUUUGCUUCCAACCCAACAUGCAGUGAUUAUCACUUCGGUUAAUUUGCAGAUUUUAAUUUGGAAAAAAAUUAUGCCAAUCCUUGAUUCCUAACUAUAGGACGGUUGGUUGAAGGAGAAUUUCAGGCAGUGAGAAAUUGUAAAUAAUCAAAUUUUAGUUUAGACAAGACAAAUAUUUGAAAAAUUAACACAUAAAAAGUAUCUAUAGUAUAAACUUAGAUUAAACUCUUUGUAGGUAUAAAAAAGUUGUUAAUUAUAAAAAAAUGUUUUAUUUUUUUCAAGCAUUUUCCAAUAAAUGGUGAAAAAUCUUAUUAUCAGGGGUUGGUUUCAGAUUUUUCCUAAGGACUAAAUAGUUUUUAGUGGGAUUUUAAAUGAUCAGUUUAUUAUUAGCAGAUUAAGACUUAUCAAUAAAAUAAUCACAUUGUUUAUUGAAGUUCUGCUUACUUUAACGCCUGGAAUUCUCAACAAUAUGCCAUUGUUGAGAAUUGCAGGCGUUGUGAAUUCAGUGUAAAUAAUCAAAUUUUAGUUCAGUAAUGACAAAUAUUUGAAAGAUUAAGAGAUAAAAAGUAUCUAUCGUUCUUUAUAGAUAUAAAAAACUAGUUUUAUUUUUUUCAAGCUUUUCCAAUAAUUGGCGAAAAACCUGAUCAGGAGGCGUUUUCAGAUUUUUCAUAAGAGCUAAAUAGUUUUUAGUGGGAUUUUAGAUGAUCAGUUUGUUAUUAUCAGGUUAGAAUUUACUAAUAAAAUAAUUAAGUAGUUCAUUUAAUUCACAAUAUAGUUAUGAAUGAUAUUAGGUGUUAGAAAAAAAAAAAACUUUUCUUAAAUAAAUGUUCUCUUAU